AUGGCCACUACGAACAAGGAUGCUACUAUUUCAUCUGGACUGGGAGCUGCUGCUGCUGCUGCUGCAAUUCCUCCCAAUCCUUUUGAUUUCUCUGCCAUGACUGGCCUGCUCAAUGAUCCAAGCAUCAAGGAGUUAGCUGAGCAGAUAGCCAAAGAUCCUUCAUUCAAUCAGAUGGCAGAGCAGCUCCAGAAGACUUUUCAAGGUCCCCCAGCCGAAGAAGGCAUCCCUCAGUUCGAUACUCAACAGUAUUAUUCAACCAUGCAACAGGUUAUGCAGAAUCCCCAAUUUAUGACUAUGGCUGAACGCCUUGGCAGUGCAUUAAUGCAGGAUCCAUCGAUGUCUCAAAUGCUUGAGAGUUUUACGAACCCAUCACAAAAGGAUCAGAUUGAGGAACGAAUGACUCGAAUAAGAGAAGAUCCUUCUUUAAAGCCUAUUUUAGAGGAGAUAGAGUCUGGUGGUCCAGCUGCCAUGAUGAGGUACUGGAAUGAUAAAGAGGUCCUUCAGAAGUUGGGUGAAGCAAUGGGUCUUGCUGUUUCUGAAGAAGCAGCAACUUCUGUAGCAACUUCUGGACAUGCUGAAGUAGAAGGAUCGGGAAAUGAGGAUGAAUCAAUUGUCCAUAACUGUGCUAGUGUUGGUGAUGUUGAGCCUAGAGUGAAAGAAAGUAUUGAAUAUUGUCUAAUUACUGGUAAUGGACGUGUUUUGCACUGUUAUAUGGACUUAAUGGGUUUGAAAAAUGCAAUAGCCUCUGGUGCUGACAAGGACGAAGAAGAUUCAGAGGGAAGAACUGCAUUGCAUUUUGCCUGCGGAUAUGGGGAGGAUGGUAAGCACUCAGCAGAUGCUUUCUAUUUGUUUCAGGUGAAGUGUGCUCAAGCUCUUCUCGAGGCUGGGGCAACUGUUGAUGCACUGGAUAAGAACAAGAACACUGCGCUGCAUUAUGCAGCUGGUUAUGGAAGAAAGGAGUGUGUAGUCCUUCUACUGGAUAAUGGUGCUGCAGUUACACUUCAGAACAUGGAUGGUAAGACACCCAUUGAUGUUGCUAAACUCAACAACCAGCACGAGGAAUGGGAUAGGAAGAGGUUGCAGGAGGAGGAAAAAUUAAAUUGGAUAUCAAUGGGAAGCGCAUUGCCUCCACGACUACUCAUCUCUGCUUCUUUCUCCCUCUCCAAAAGGAACAAAUUGUUCUCCUCAAAUUAUUAUUGUUACCACUACAAAAAUAUCGGAAUCCGCACUGACCUCUCAGCCCCAUUAGCCCCCGCCGAAAGAAGAAGAGAUUAUAUGAGUGUUACUGCUACUGCUACUGCUACUACAAGCAAGGAAGAAGAAGACGACCAGGAGCAAGAAUUGAUCGGAAAGAUAGAUGGGGGUGGUGGUGGUGGUGGUGGUGGGAAUUCGGAUAUAAUUAUAUCGUCUUGCUUGGUGGGUCUCUUGACUGGGAUAGCUGUAGUGCUGUUCAACAACUCAGUGCAUGAAAUACGGGACUUGUUCUGGGAUGGAAUUCCUUAUAGAGGUGCUUCCUGGUUGAGAGAGGAGCCUUUCGACUCUAUCUGGAUAAGAGUUGUCUCCGUCCCUGCUUGUGGCGGCUUGAUAGUUAGCAUCUUGAACCACCUUCAAACAACCAUUAUUACUCGUACUAAUGGUGAAGAUAAAUAUAAAAGUGAUAAAAAACGACCACUGCAACUACCAGUGGCUGCUGCCGCCGCUGCUCCUAGUUUCUUGAAAGCUUUGGCUGCUUGUUUCACACUUGGUACUGGUAAUUCCCUUGGCCCCGAGGGUCCUAGUGUCGAGAUUGGUGCUUCUGUAGCCAAAGGAAUUGCUUCUCUGUCUGUGUUUAAUAAUCACAAUUCUAAUCAAACAAAGCUUUCCCUCCUAGCUGCUGGCUCUGCUGCUGGAAUCUCUUCUGGAUUCAAUGCUGCUGUUGCUGGGUGCUUUUUCGCUGUGGAGUCAGUGUUGUGGCCAUCCCCAACUGAUUCUUCAACCUCACUCACAAACACCACUUCUAUGGUUAUACUUAGCGCUGUAAUAGCUUCUGUUGUAUCAGAAAUUGGUCUUGGUUCUGAACCUGCUUUUAAGGUCCCCGACUAUGACUUCCGCUCCCCGAGUGAACUCCCACUGUAUCUUUUGCUGGGUAUCCUCUGCGGCUUGGUUUCGUUGACCUUAUCUAGAUGCACAUCCUUCAUGCUCUCAACUGUCAAUCACCUUCACCACACUGUUGGGAUUCCAAGUGCUGUGUUUCCUAUACUAGGUAGUUUAGCUAUUGGCGUCAUAGCUUUGGCAUAUCCUGAAAUCCUAUACUGGGGUUUUGACAAUGUUGACGUUUUGUUGGAAUCUCGGCCAUUUGUCCAGGGCCUCUCAGCUGACCUGUUACUUCAGCUUGUAGGAGUCAAGAUAGUUGCAACCUCUUUAUGUCGGGCCUCUGGAUUAGUAGGAGGCUACUAUGCCCCAUCCCUCUUUAUCGGUGCUGCAACAGGAAUGGCAUAUGGGAAAUUCAUUAGUAUUGCGGUUGCUCAGUCUAAUCCGACAUUUCAACUAUCCAUCUUGGAAGUGGCAUCACCACAAGCUUAUGGCCUGGUUGGAAUGGCUGCAACACUUGCAGGGGUGUGUCAGGUACCUCUUACUGCAGUUUUGCUGCUCUUUGAACUGACACAAGACUAUCGAAUAGUUCUACCACUACUAGGAGCUGUAGGGUUGUCUUCAUGGAUCACAUCCGGACAGACAAGAAGAAAGGAUGGCAAAGGUACCACAAAACACAAUGAGGGAAACACUCAUCCAACUCAAGAACCUGAAAUGUCUUCCCCUGAGACAACUGGGCAAUCCUCUGUUUAUGUACCUACUGAAAAGGCAUCUUAUGAAAGUAACCUUUGUGAAGUUGAAAGUUCUCUGUGCAUAGAUGAUUCUAGUAUUGAAACUGAAGUUUUCAAGAGGAGAGUUUUUGUUUCAGAAGCCAUGAGAACAAGAUUUGUAACUGUUCUCAUGAGCACUUCACUCACUGAAGCAGUGAGUCUUAUGCUUGCAGAAAAGCAGUCUUGUGCAAUGGUUGUUGAUGACAAUAAUAUUUUAAUUGGUUUACUGACUCUUGGUGACAUCGAUGAUUUUAGCAGAAUUAUAAAGUCAGAAAGCAGGAUACCCAAGGAACUUCUAGUAUCUGAAUUGUGUUCCUUGGAUGGUGAAAGAUGUCGAGUACCAUGGACCGCCAAGCCUAGUAUGGACCUUCUCUCAGUGCAGGUCAUCAUGGAUAGGCAUAGUGUGAGUCAGGUUCCAGUUGUUUCAGAACAUACUGAAGAUUACAGGGGGCAACCAGUAGGGCUUUUGGACAGAGAAUUGGCAGUGGAGCUAGACAUGACACAGCAACAGGGGAACUUGGGAGAGGAAGGACUAUCCGGUGCUAGCCAUAUGCCAUUUACGGAGCUGCGGAUAACCGCAGCCAGGAAUAGGAUGACAGCUUAUGCAAGGAUACAUGAAGAGACCUGA